UUCUCCUCCCCUUCGCUGGAAGGAGCAGCGGCGAAGACGGCGCUGGGCGCGCGGGGUAGCAGGAGGCCCCGAGCGGGCGGGCGGGCGAGCGCCGAAGCCAGCCCCGCCGCGCCGGGAGCGAUGCUGCCGUGGCUGGCCGUCUUGUGCGUCUUCUCGGGAGUCGAGGCCGCCUUCGCGCAAGUCCUCCAGACCCGCUUCAUCGAGGAACCGGAGGACCAGACGGUGGUUGCCGGGCAGAAGGUGGUGCUGUCCUGCGUGGUGCUGAACUACUCUGGGAUCGUGCAGUGGACCAAAGAUGGGCUGGCUCUGGGAAUGGGACAAGGCCUCAGAGCCUGGCCACGCUACAGGAUCAUUGGGGUUACAGAUUCUGGCCAGUUCAAUCUGGAGAUCACCGACGCGGAGCUCUCCGACGAUGCCUUGUAUGAAUGCCAAGCCACAGAAGCUGCCCUGCGAUCACGGCGUGCCAAGCUGACAGUCCUCAUUCCCCCUGAAAACCCGAUGAUUGAUGGGGCCCCUGAGAUCUUACUCCGUGCUGGCACACCACACAACCUCACCUGCCGAGCGCAGAACGCCAAGCCUGCGGCCACAAUCGUCUGGUUCCGUGAUGGGUUGCCACAGUCUGAGGCCGCUACCGCCACGGAAGUCUUAAUGGAUGGAAAGAGAGAGAGCACCAUUAGCCAGCUCCUCAUCACACCCACUGACCUGGACAUUGGGCGAGUCUACGUGUGCCGUUGCAGCAACGAUGCCAUCCCUGCAGGCAAGGAGGCCUCCAUCAAGCUCAACGUUCACCACCCUCCAACGGUGACGCUGUCCAUUCAGCCACAGACGGUGCAGGAAGGAGAACGAGUCACCUUCACCUGCUUGGCCAAUGCCAAUCCGGAGAUCAAAGGCUACAGGUGGGCAAAGGGCGGAACAAUAAUUGAGGAUGCCAAGGAGAGCAAAUACGAGACGCAGGUGGAUUACACCUUCUUCACAGAGCCUGUCUCUUGUGAAGUGCGCAAUGACGUGGGCAGCACCAACGUCAGCACCCUGGUGGACGUCCAUUUUGCUCCUCGGAUUGUAGUGGAUCCAAAGCCCCUGACCACUGAUAUUGGCUCGGACGUCACCUUGACCUGCGUGUGGACCGGGAAUCCCCCACUGACUCUCACCUGGGCCAAGAAGGAAUCCAACAUGAUACUCGGCAACAGCAACCAGCUGCACCUCAAGUCUGUCAAGCAGUCAGAUGCGGGGCUGUAUGUCUGCAAGGCCAUCGUGCCACGGAUCGGGGUGGGUGAACGCGAAGUGGCCCUCUUUGUCAACGGUCCACCUAUCAUCUCCAGCGAUUCCACUCAGUAUGCUGUGCGGGGCGACCGAGGAAAAGUGGAAUGCUUCAUUGGGAGCACGCCCCUCCCUGACCGAAUCGCCUGGGGCUGGAAGGAGAACAUCUUGGAGAUGGGCACCUUGGAGCGCUACACGGUCGAGCGGAGCAACACGGGGGAUGGGGUGCUCUCCACCCUCACCAUCAACAACGUGAUGGAGGUGGAUUUCCAGACACGGUACAACUGCACCGCCUGGAAUGCUUUCGGUCCACAGACGGCCAUCAUUCAGUUGGAGGAGAAAGAGGUUCUGCCAGUGGGCAUCAUUGCUGGUGCCACCAUUGCAGCUGGUAUUUUGCUCAUCUUCUGCUUCAUCGCACUGGGAUGUUUCCUCUACCGACGUCGCAAAGGGAGCCGAAAAGACGUGACCCUGCGGAAGCUGGACAUCAAAGUGGAGACGGUGAACCGGGAGCCCCUGACGCUGCACACGGACCGCGAGGAGGACACGGCCAGUGUCUCCACCGCAACGCGGGUCAUGAAAGCCAUUUACUCGUCCUUCAAGGAUGACGUGGACCUGAAACAGGACUUACGUUGUGACACAGUGGACACACGGGAAGAAUAUGAGCUGAAGGAUCCCACCAAUGGCUACUACAAUGUUCGCGCUCACGAGGACAGGCCGUCUUCCCGCACGGUGCUCUACACGGACUAUCGCACCCCUGGCCCGGCUCGCUACGAUGGGCGGCCGUCUUCGCGUCUCUCCCAUUCCAGCGGCUACGCUCAGCUCAGCAGCUACAGUCGCGGCCCUGCCUCCGACUACAGCGGAGACCCAGUCCCAGGACCCACACCGGGCACAGCCACUGCUGACACGGCCAGCCAACUCUCCUAUGAAAACUAUGGGGGUCAUUCGGGCUUCCCCCCGAGUGCCGGCUAUGCCACUUACCGCCUGGGUUACAGUCAGCCUCCACCGCCCACCCUGGACCGGGCAGCCUAUGACACAUAUGACCCCUUGGGAAAGUACACCACGGCAACCCGCUUUUCGUACACCUCCUCGGACUACGGUCAGCGUUUCCAGCAGCGCAUGCAGACUCACGUCUGAAGUGGGCAUUGCAUCCUGGUGAGGUGCAGGUACCUCAUGACUGCCCCCUGAUAUUCAGGGGGCUCUUUCCCUCUCCCCCUUCCUGGACUCUUUCCGGGCUGGACUUGUGGACAAUGCAAAGUGUGGCACCUGCUGCCCGACUGAGGAUAAUGCGGUGGCCGCCAGUCCAGCUGCUCUUCUAUGGUUCCUUCCUUACUGCUUUAACAGUCUCUGGCGGUUCUUUUGUGAGAGUCCAGAUUCUCCAUAUGCCCCUUCUACAAGGCCUCCCCCUUUCCUCUUUGUAAAGGCAGAUAAGUGGGGAGGGCAAUAGAGUCCACACAGAGCAGUUCUGCCUCUGUUGAAACUCAUUCUUCACUUUGCCCGCGGAAGAGGCAUCCGUUGGCAGCCCCAGGCAAAAGCAAUGGGCAGCCUCCCCACUCAUGGCACUGGGGGCAUUGAGGCCCAAUUUGGUACAGGGAGGCCUAAUAGUUGGAGGUAGCCACCAAGCGGGGAGGGGGACAUCGGUCGAGCCCUGGUUUUAUGGACAAGACAGGGUCAGGCCAGCCUCAGGUACAACAGGUGCCUCCUUAAAGCCCCUCUUAAGAGGAGCGGUUUGCAGUUGGGGCAACGUUGGCUGGGAAUGAUCAAAGCUGAAGUCCGCAUCCCCCCGUGCACCCCCUUUGACUGAAGGCUGACUGAGUGAAAGUCCUGCCCAGCUUGGCCACAGCUGGGCAUGCUGCGAAUUGUGGUACGAAAUGGACUCCUUGAGGGGGGCGAUUCCUCCCCCCUCCCUCUUGUAGGAAGGUGUUCAUAAAACCUGCACCCUGUGUGGCUCCAGUUAUGAGAGGGCAAGAUGGGGCUGCUCUCAGGUGCCCCCACACAACGAGAGGGUCUCAUCCCCAAGUGAACCUGCUUCCAGCCAGGAGGGUCUCUGCAAGAUGUGGAGCUGUGAGUUCCCCCCCCUCCAAAGCCUUCUGCCACGGUAGCAGCCAUCCUGGAGGAAGCCUCUUCUGCACUCUCCUCCCACUCUCUUGCUUGAGCCACCUCCCCUGAGGCUGCCCAGACUCUCCCCUUGGCAGCCUGCCCCAGAGGAGAGUCCUGCUGGAGAGUCCUGCUUUGGGAGGUCAGUGCUGGACACAUCCUCCGUUCUCCCACAUGGCCACUUUCUGAGGGGCAAGACCUUACGGGUCUGUCCCAUCCCCAGCAGGAGGGCUUACGGCUUCUUUCUCUCUCUGGCCUGGACCCCGAGCUGUGGCAGAGGGUUGGUGAAAGCAUCCUGUGGGUCGUUGUGUGUCUGUGCAGGCCUCCCUCCCCUAUUGUUCUGCCCUCCUUGCUAGGGAGUGACGGCAAGCGCUUCAGUCUCCUGUGCCUUAAAACUCUUGCUCUGGUGCACCCACUAAGAAGACAGAGUAAGUGGGGGGGCAGCUUGGCUGACAGAAGGUACCCCAGGCUGCCAACUGGGGGAGACAGGAGAGACUUGGCUUCUAGGCUGCACCAGAUCCCUCCCACCAGCCCAUCUCCCUGGCCCUCCUUGGCACAGUUCAUAUCUCAGGUGUACAGUAGGACAUGCGAGACACAAAUGGGAAUCCACCUCCCCCCAGCAUUCUAAUGGUCCCCCCCCCCAGUCCCUCCCGUCCUUGCGUGCUGCAUAUUCUGGUACUCUUGGGGGCCACCCUGUGCACUUGCCUGGGAACAGCUACCUGAAGAAUUGCACCAAGACAGCGCCCUCUUCUGGCUGGUUCUGGGAAGUGUCUGUUUCUGCAGCUUGGUGGAUGUUGGUGCUAUUUGGGGUUCCACUUCACCUUCUCCCUGCCACCCCUAGUGUGCUGGGGCUGGAAAAUCCAGCAAAGGCCUCCAGUGGCUUUAAGGCCACUUUCCAAAGGGAGUUUUCAGUGCCCCCUUCUAAGACGGCAAGGGGCCCCCCUUUAGAGGCAUCUUCUUGGGGAACAAAAGUAGUGAGUUUUGGGGGUUCAGGGUGCAAAAUCUGCCAAAACGGCUGAGAUCAUGUUUGUGCUUCCAUCCUGGAGAGGGCCAGGGAGCCCCAGUCUCACGUUGCAAGUUUGCAGGGAAGUUGCUGAAUGCUGAGUUGGGCCCCUGACCCACCCAAUUCCCUCCUCUUUUCCACCAGAGCUGCCAGGAAUUGAACCUGCCCUCUAUUCACCAGGGAGCAGGGGAGCUGAGGAGGGACAGUGCCGAAAGUAACAGGGUAGUCCACCGAUUCUAAGCCCGUGGCUGCAUUUACACAAUCCGCCAGUCAGUUUGACAGGCCCAACGGCCCAAGUUCAUACAACUUGCUUGGCUGCAAGCAAACCAGCAUUAACAUUAGCCAAGCUUGCCACGUUGUAUGAAUGCAAUUUCCACCCCCCACUUCAUGAGUAUCCAGAAUUUGAGCAAUAACUAAUUCCAACUCCAAAACACGCUUUGUGAUCAGAGCGCACAGCCGCCUGUCUUUGCACGGACCCCUCCGGCUCUUGGGGUGCAGGUGAUGGCGUGGGGAGAGGGCGCCCCUGGGGUGUUUUUGAUUUCUCUCCCGAAGACAUCCAUUCGUGACUGUCCCAUUACUCCCUUCCCUCGCCUCACUUUUUAAAACAAAUUGGUUUCCUUUCUCAUUCUUAAAAAAUAUUAUGUACUAUAUUUUUAGUCGCAAACACAAUAUAUUAUAUAUAAAUAUAUAUUUAAUUUUUAUAUAUAUAAAGAUAAAUGUUUAAAAAAAA